AUGGGUAUCUCGAAAAGCGAUCCAAUUGCCAUCAUUGGCGGUGGAGCCUUUGGCCUUUCCACUGCUCUGGAGCUCUCGAACAAGGGUUACACCAACAUCACAGUAUUCGAGCGAGAUGAGGAGAUUCCAUCGCGAUGGUCGGCCGCAAACGAUCUGAACAAGAUCAUGCGAGCUGAGUACGAGGAUGGCUUCUACACAGACCUGGCAGUUGAAGCAACAAACGCCUGGAAAAGUCCACGCUUUGCACCUUACUUCCACCGCGUGGGCUUUCUAAACUGCGUAUCUGGCGCUGCUCCCCAAAAGGCCGCUGAUACAAUGCACCGUUUCCAAGCCGCCGCAGCUAAACACCCAGAAAUCGCCCCCUUCCUGCAUACCAUUUCUGGCCCUGACGACAUUCGCAACAUCGCGGGCGCUUGGCAGUUCACUGGUGAGCUGCCCGGCUGGAAGGGCUACGUAUGCAAGUAUGAUGGCUACGUACAUUCAGCAAAUGCGCUGCGGGGCGUGCACAGAGAGGCGAGGAAGAACGGUGUUAGGUUCUUCCUUGGAGAGAAGGUUGGUGCGAUUGAGAAGAUCGUGUACGAGGGCACGGGCCAGAGCAAGAAGAGCAUUGGUGUCAGGACCAAAGCCGGGCGAUUUCACGCCGCGAAGCUCGUGGUAGUUGCCGUUGGUGCAGCAGCCCACAAGAUCGUGCCUGAGCUGGGAACGGAGGUAUCUGCAAAGUCCUGGUCGGUCGCACACGUCCGUCUUACCGAUGAGGAGACGGCGGCACUUCGGGGCAUCCCUGUCACGUACGCUCGCGACCUUGGAUUCUUCUUCGAGCCGGAUCCGAAGACAAACCUGCUGAAGAUCUGCCCUAUGGGUGGCGGCUACAUCAACACCAACCCUGCAACCGGGGUCUCGGAGGCGCCUGAGAACGUGCUCCGCUUCGUGCCGAAGGAAGACGAGAGGAAGAUGCGCGAGCUUCUCCGCCAAACUCUGCCAUACCUCGCCGACCGACCGCUAGUAGACAAGUUCAUCUGCUGGUUUGCGGAUACCGCUGAUUCAGACUUCGUAGUCGACUAUGUGCCAGAGACGUCUUCUUCAGUGCUGGUACUCUCUGGAGACUCUGGCCAUGGCUUCAAAAUGUUCCCGAUUGUUGGGCGAUGGGUGGACAAUCUACUCAACGAGGCUGACGGCAAGCAAAGCAUCUCGAGAUGGCGCUGGAGGGUGCCGAAGCCCAAGCCAAAGGGUGAGAGCUUCGAUGAUGAUGUUAGCUGGCGGAUAGGCGAUGUACGGGAGCUUCGCGACAUACAAGCUGAGGAGCCAGUGAAGGCAAAGAUAUAA